AUGAAUGAUCAAGCUGUCGGCGAAAAUUUAAAUGAGGAGGUCCAGAUUGAAGCCCCUGCUGUCAAUAUGGUAGACGGAAUCCCUCAGCCACCUCCUUUACCGAUGGAUAAGAACAUGAUCGGAGCAAUCAAGGUUAAGGAUGCUCUGUUCAUUGGAGAUGAGCUUGCAGCUCAAGACCUUGAAUUUGUUGUUAAUAAUAAAGUAACUCAUAUAAUAAACUGCUCUGGAAGACAAAUUGCAAACCACUGGGAGCCAAUCGGAGUUGCCUAUCUUACCUUCUAUUGGCUUGAUGUUGACAAUCAGGUCCUCUUCGAUAAGGAGGAUAAGAUCACUAACGAAAUCUUUAACUUUAUAGAAGAAGCUCAUGCUAAUGGAGAAAGUGUUCUCGUACAUUCAAAUCGUGGUCAGAGUCGCGCAUCUGCUGUCCUUGCUGUCUUUUUUAUGCAGAAAUAUAAAUGGACAUUGUUUAAAACUUUGGAAUUUCUAAAUUCAAGGAGGCCAGAUCUAGAAAUCAGAGCUGCCUUUAUAAACCAGCUGUCUGAUUUUGAACGAAGACUUACUUCACAAGGAAGAGGGCCUGAAAGCGGGGACUGGAACGAGAUUUCAAAUAAAAUAGAGACUAAUAAAGAUAACUAUGUUGAAAAUGAAGAGCUACUGCUCAGAAACACUUUUCUCAAUGCCCAAAUGGGUCCAAUUGCUUUGUACAAUAAUGAUGAUAAGAAUGAUAAAAUCAAGAAGAAUAGGCUCCGAUGGAUCGAUAAUGGACUUAAUGGAAAUCUGAGAACAAAUAUUUCUGAAGAUGACCUAAUUUACAAAGAUCAACCUGAGCCUGUCAUUAAUCACAAAAUCGCUACAGUUGACUUGAAAUCAAUUAUAAAAGCUCAAUUUGGGGAUCAAAACCAGAAGAACUUAAAGAUAGAAUUCUAUAAAUCAGAUGAACAAAUAGAUGAAGAGAUUAAGGUCUUAGAAACUGAUCUCCAGCCUCUCAAGACAGAAGAUUAUUCACAUAAGAUAAAAGAUGGUCUUGAAAGUAUCAAAAAUUCUGAUCCAAUUGUAGGAAAUUCUGCGAUGGGAAGUACACUGCCUUUGCCAAAGAAGAACAAUCUUUUUGAUAAAAAAAUCAGUGAGGAGUCCAUCAAUAAGGGCAUGCAUAACAAAAACAAGAAGAAACUUAAGCUGGUCAAUAAACAAUCUAUCAAAAAGGGAGCCCCUAAAACUCAGAACUAUAUUCUUGAGAAUAAGAGAAAGGUUAGAAAAGACUCCUCAAAGCGGAAGCGCAGCGCCAAGGUUAGAGAGCCCCUCUUCAGAACUGAGAAAGGGUUCAUGCCUCACACUAAAGGUGUACACAGAAAGUCAUAUUCAGAGGGUGUUAGAGACUCAAGAAAGGAAGCCAAGAAAGAUGUUGUGAUUAAUUGUAAGAAUCUGACCAAUGUUAAAAUUCAGAACUCUAAUUGGUCAACCCAAAACACUCAUCAGUAUAACAUCUUGGCUAUUAUUAAGGAUAACCAUGGGAAGAAUCCUCAAAAUUCUAAAUAAACCUAAGCAGAAGAUGUGAGAUAAAGGACUGAAGAAAUACUCGCAAGGAUAUACUCUCAACAAACUUACUAAGGAAGGGAUCUUAAAUCCAGCCAAAACCGAUCAUUAUGUAAAGGUCAUCAAAGGUAAGAACAAGUCUAAAAGGCUGAAUACAUCGAAAUAAGAGGAAGGUUACCUCCUAUGAGCAAAGAUAUUCAGUAAACUUGAAGAAUAGUAAGCCGGGACUUCUCUCCAAUUCAAAGGGAUUGUAUAAUGGCAAUUAUGGAGAAAGAAACACUAAUCUUGCUCAUAAACAUGCUCUAUCUGUAAGCAUCGGAGGAGGUACCUUCAACAGAAGUAAAAAGGAGAAAGAUGACCUUCUUAGUAAAAGUGUGGGACUUGAUGGGCUAGGAUCCUCACAUAAAUUUGGAUCCCUUAAAUCUACCUCUAAAUCUGAGAAGUUGGGAGCGAUAAAGAAAUCAGGACCUAUAAAAGCAACCAUUGCAACAGAUAAGUCCAGAAUGUCUAAAUAUGAGCAUCUCAGUAGUAAAUUUACUGAGAAUCCUCCUGAAAAGAGUACUAAAAAGCAUAAGAGAAGAGAUAAACGCCCUCAUAGUUCAACUUUUAUAGGAAAUUAUAAGCAUGAAAAAGAGUUAUAUAGCAAGAUAAUGGGUACUCACAAUAAAUCCAAAACCAAAGCAAUAAAAACUACGAGCACUGGGUUGAAAAAGAAGAAUACUAAAAGAGUCAGGUCAGCAUCCCCUGGAGGUUUGAGCAACUUCAUUUCACAUAAACCAGGGAAGUAUAAGGAACCUCAAAGAGUGAUUGGGAGUGGGCUCUACACAAUUUCAGGAAAAGUUUCCUCCAAAUAUAGCUAA